AUGAAUCACUCGAGACUUGGGCAAGGCCAAUUGCUGGGCCUCCUGAGAGCCGGAGUGCGGUAUGCGCAUUCAGGUCGGCCUCGAGGGGCUGCAACGGGGUCACAGAGCGCAGAGAGCCAUGGCGAGGAUAUCUGGGUCUUCGCCCAUAGGAGGUCGGACCAGGUGAUUUACAGCUUCAGCAAAGUCUUGGACGGGUUCCACGGCCUGAAACAGCUGCCGUUCAAUGGCAAGAAGACCAAGCCAGCAAAACUUCGCAAGGAUUACUGGUCACCUCUCGCUCACAUCCGAUUCCAGCCUGGCCAGGGCUCCGUUGGCCGCUCAGUACUCCAGAAACUUCGGGAGUUGAAGCACCUCCACGAGGUUGCGUGGACAGACGAAUUGCGACACAAGCGACCGGAGGAGUUCAGCAGCCAGGACAAGAAGAAGAUUGCCGCGGAAAAGGACAAGGGAAUCGAUUACCAGCCCAUCCGAAGCAAACAGGAGCGUGGCAUCGCCCUCAAUGCCCAGAAGAAAAACGCAAUUGCCGAUAUCGCAGCUGUCCUAGCGGGCCAGGGCCGCGGCAAUAAAAUUGUGGCUGCAGAGACUGAGGGAGGAGAGAAGGAGCUGGUGGAUGUUACAGUCAGCUGGGCCAACGACCAAGAUAAGAAGUUUGCCGAAUCGUGGUCAAAAAAUGUUACACACUCACUUUUUGAGGUCCCCGCAUAUACCGGCGGAGAACCCGAAAAGCAGGUUGCGAAGCCCGCAGCCGCGUAAGAGUAGAA